AUGACUUCAACUGCUAAUGAUCGAGCAACUCAAAUCUUUCAACAUUUAACUAAUGUGACUCCAUCUCUUAAGGAUAAAGUAUGUAUCGUCACAGGUGCUGGCUCACUUUACGGCAUAGGCCGAGCUUCUGCUAUCGAUCUAGCCAAACGAAGUCCCAAAGCUAUCUAUGUGACUGAUCUUACCCUUACCAAUCUUGAUGAUCUUGUUCAACAUAUUAAACAACACUAUAAUGUAGACUGUAUUGCUAGAGCUGUGGAUGCUGCUUCUCCUUCAGCUGUCUCUGGUAUCAUUCAUGAAGCCCUUGAACAAUAUGGUCGUGUUGAUGUCUUUUUUGCUAAUGCUGGGAUUGCUACAGCAGAUAGACUUCAGGAUGAAACAGCUGAAUCAUUCAUGACGAUGAUGAGAGUAAACGCCCUUAGUGCCUUUUUGGCUAUCAAAUAUGCAGGUGAGGCCAUGCUCAAGACAAACAACGAAAAGCAGCAAUCGAGUGGCUCCAUUAUUUGUACAGCAUCCGUUGCAGGUCUUCGAUCUGGCGCUGGAUCACCUGAAUAUUCAGCAUCAAAAGCAGCGGUAAUCAAUUUAUGUCAGACAAGCUCUUUUCAAUAUGCUGGAACAAAUAUUCGAAUUAAUGCAAUUUGCCCAGGCUUGAUUGAAACAGGUAUGACGAAGGCUACUUUUGACUAUGCUCGUCAAAAAGGUUCUGCAAACAAGAUUGGACAGCUUAAUCCAACUCGUAGAUAUGGUAUUUCAUCAGAGGUUGCUCACAUGGUUGCCUUUUUGGCUUCAGAUGAAGCUUCCUAUAUUAAUGGUCAAGCUAUUGCUAUUGAUGGUGGUCUUUCAGCAAGUCAUCCUGUUGUGCUUGGCAAAUUUCAUUAA